AGUUAUCAUAACACACAACCCCUUCAUCCCCCACACCCACACUCCACACACAUUGUACAUUGGUGUGCUUUGUGUUUGCCUUGCCAAAAAACUAAGGGAAAGAUGGGAAGUAUUAGUGUGGUUGGUGUUUUGGUAACAAUCCUUGCAUUGUGUUGUGUGAUACCAAGCUUGGCCACCGAUUAUACGGUCGGUGACUCAUCGGGCUGGACGACGAGUUAUGAUUAUAGUACAUGGACUAGUGGGAAGACCUUCGCCAUCGGCGAUAAUCUUGUUUUUGACUAUGCAGGAGGACAUUCAGUGGAUGAGGUGACUCCAAGUGACUACAACAGUUGUAGUGUGGGGAAUUCUCUUAGCACAGAUAGCAGUGGAUCCACUAAAAUUACUCUCAAGACACCAGGAACCCAUUAUUUCAUUUGUGGAGCUUAUGGUCACUGUUCUAGUGGGAUGAAGUUGGCUGUUACUGUGGCAGGAGGAGAGGAAUCCACAACACCAUCAACUAGCACCAACCCUCUUAUCACCUCUCCCACCACCACAACCGCCUCCUCCUACACAAACUCAUCUCCAUCCACUCUUUCUCCACCAAUUGCUAUAUUAUUCACUUGUCUAGCAGUUUUUAAGUUUAUUCUCCUUCUCUCCUAAACCUAAACUAUAUAGGCACCUUGGCCAGGAUAGGGGCAGUGCUUCUCUCUCUCUCUCUCUCUUGAUGUUGUAGGUUGGAGGGAUGUUUUGCAUAGCAUUUUUCUUUCAAUAGUACUAUGGAACUUACUUAGGAUGUAAUAAAGAACUUUGGGUUUAAUUUUAAUAGCUUGUGUUUGGGACUA